AUGCCUACCUCUAACGUCUCAAAUACCUCUUCCCCUGUCAAGCGCCCGGGUCUCGGUCGCCGUGCAGUGUCGUCCCAUGCAGUCGUCACGCGCGCCAAUCCUAAUGACCUGUCGCUGUCGCACACGCAGAAGCCACCUUUACACCAUAAACCUCACCGCGCCCAUGUUGUCGGUGCUCACCGAAAUCACCACCGCAACCCCUCUACCGGCAAAAACUUCAACAAGCUCCAACGGUUCCAACUAGCUCCUGAGACUACUGGGCGGCAUCAUCAGCGGAAGAAGUCGGCCCCCGCAACUCCAGUAGCGAGCCCGAAGGACAGCGGACACGUUCGCUGGGAUAACGUGGAUGAUCAUACAAGUAAUCCUUCCAUGAAAAGAAACUAUUCCACUCCUGUGUUACGACGGAAUCCAUCAGCUGUUGGGAAGAAAGCGUUGGUGACGGAGCGCCCAACUUCCAGCACGAUAAAGAAAAAGACGGUCGGCUUUGAGCUGGGGGAUGACGAGACCGACGACGCUGAGUGGGAAGAUACCACGCAGUCACCCGAAAGUACGAGGCGCAACUCGGUGGCACCAUCCAAUCCCAGCGCAGAUAAUAGUACCGUUCUUGUCGACCACCUUACGUUUGUGAAACGACCAUAUCCUCAAAUGCCUCGAGCGACCAGUCUCCCCGAGUCAAUCACCACUAAGUUCGUCCGAGAGCGUACUGAACAGGAUGAGGAUAAGGAUGAGGAUGAGGAAGCUGAGCAGCAGGACUCGGAAGAAGAGGCCGAGGAGACCAGUCAGCACACUGAACAGAGCGACAUAGCAACCCGCCUCCUAAGUCCUAAGCACUCAUCCAAAGCGCCCCCUGCUAUGUCCUCUAUCUCGGCUAUGGUGAAGCCAGAUUCCAAGAAUCUCAAUCCUGCAGCGCGUAGUAGCGCAUCUCUCAACCUGGCUGCUGGCCAGGACAACGCUCGGCGGACAUUCUCUACAGCCAGCAUGGCUAGUAUGCCUGGCUCUCACCCGCAGGCCACCUCAUCCUCUAUGGAAGGUGGAGUCUCCAGGUUCAUUCUGAACAACAAGAAUAGCGUGCAGGCAUCUUCUCGCACCGAUUCAGACCCAAAUACCCCCUCGUCGUUCCUCCCGCACUAUCACCCACAAACACCACCCUCUCCGAACAGUGCCGCGGCCAAGUUGGCCGCAUCUCCUGCGCGGCCGCGUGGUGCUGACCUGCCAUCUCGCACACAACAGAAGCUUUGGCUUCAACGUACUGCCACCCUCAAUAACUCUCCCCCUGAUAACCAUGGGGUGACUGCAGCAGUUCCGUCAUCUGCCAUUGAUCCAACAUUUAUUGCCGCUGGCCACAGCACUUAUGACGCCGGCAGGGGGCUCAACGGCGACGGUCGAGCUGGUGCAGGACACGACAGCGAAACCCGUCAUAUCCGCAAGGCUCUCCCCACCGGCCAGAGCUUUGCUCGUCUUCGUCAUAUUCUCCGAGCCAACAAAGCGGCGCAAGGAUCAGCUCUCGGCAAACCAGUCAAAUCAGCACCUUCGCUGCCCCUGCUACAGCAGGGCAAACGGCCCAGUCGUCUUAGCUCCAGCCCUGCAUCUAAAUCUCAAUCGCGUAAUCCAAACUCCACCUCUGAUCCAGCGACAAACGAACCUAUCAAUACUGCAAAGGCUGCCAAGUCUAAUGAUCCAUCUCAUCGCAUCCUCUCCACUUCAGCCGAAGCAUCGCGUGAUGUGAGUGGUGACAAUGAAGAAUUUCAAAUUAACGACAGCGCCAUGCUGAUCCGCCGGAUGUGGGAGAGCCGAGAAGUCGCCAUCCACGGCUAA